AAAAAAAAAAAAAAUGGAAUCUAUGUAGACGCCGGUAAAAAUAGUGAAGCCUGUUUGUUUCAGUUCAAAAAAAAAAGGGAAUAAUGUCAGAAACGAGACAAUUCACAUUCUCGGUCCACAAUACCUUCAUAAAGCGCAACCACAGCGACGCCAGGGCUGGGACUGAUUUCAAAUGCAAACAGCUUCCGGCUUGAUGCACAUCUGAAAUAACAAUUUGGCUCAAAUCAUUGAUUUAGUUUUCAAUCAAUCAAUGAUAUUCACCAAUGUGAUGACACUGAUCAUGUUAUGGCUUUAACAAGGUAGGAAACCUUCUAAAGGUUUCUGCCCCAUUUACCCAUUUUGUGAAUACUUGAACUUUCCCUAUUAUUUCCACAAACAGAAACAGACUUUUAAUAGGCCUACAUAAAUUAUCAUGAAUACAUUAAAAAAAAUAUGAAAUGUGUCAAACCCCUUUGCAGACAAAAAAAGCCAGAAUAAGUUUAUCAAUUAUUAUUAUAGGAAAUGGAUAGACUUGGAGUUGUCCAAUGUUAACAAUUACAAGUGCAGUACAGUCCCAACGGUCCUCCGAUCGUAGGUGGCGCUGUGGGGACUGCUCGUCGGUAACACCGCUUGUCAUUCAUGACUCCAUUCAUCACCUUCACCUUCACCUUCACCGUUGACGACGACGUUUAGCAUUGUAGCACUGCACAAAAGCUUGCUAAAUGAAUGAACUCGUGUAAUAAUGACGUUGCUCACAACGAAUGGACAAGUUGACUGUGGCGAAUAGCAGUUCGUUGGCCGUCGUGACUUUUUGUCCACCUGCUAGCAUGAGCCUCGAAGAGGAGACGAUGGCGGCGUUCGAAGGCCACGACGGCAGAAGUCAAGCAAACACACUGGACGAGGCCGAGCAGCUGCCUCGGGCCUCCGUGUUGGUCCCUCUGUUUGUGAGGAGCGGCAAGAUGCACACACUCAUGACCCGGCGCUCGGCACAGCUGAGGACCAGUGCGGGCGAGGUGUGUUUCCCUGGCGGCAAGCGAGACCCCAGUGACAAAGAUGAGGUGCACACCGCCUUGAGGGAGGCUCACGAGGAGAUCGGCCUGCUUCCCGGUGACGUUCACGUCAUCUGCACAUUGCGACCCGUUAUCGCUAAGAAUGCUCUCCUGGUGACUCCGGUGGUGGGCUUCAUUCCUGAAUGGUUCCAAGCUCGUCCCAACCCGGCCGAGGUUAGCGCCGUGCUCGCGGUCCCGUUGGACUUGUUUGUCGGACCCGCCGCUGCCGAGGUCACGUCGGCGCCGUCGCUCUCCUUUGACUUUGUGGAGCCCGACACGGGAGCCAGGUAUCGCAUUUGGGGUCUGACCGCCGUGUUGGCCUCAAUGGUCGCAGUCGUCGCUCUCAAGACAAAAGCGGAGGGUUACGCGGCUUUUAACGCGCAGGACUUGAUGUGCAGCCUCAGGCAGAGGUUACGACGAAGAAUGAGGACACUCAGUAAACUGUGAAUUGUUAUUUCAUUUGCAUGUGUAUAAAGGACUAGUAGGCUUCAUUUUUAGUAUAUUUAGUUUUUUAAUCAAUACAAUGCACAGGGUGGUAAUGUUUCAAAAAAAGGUGUCAUUUCUUUUUAGUUUUUUAAAGUUGUACUUAAAUGAAGUUAUGAUAAAGCAAUAUUUUUGACA